AUGAAGGAAUGGGAGAAUUGGAGUCCUAAUGGAGGGUUUCCACAGCUGCGUGAGCUUUAUAUUAAAAAUUGUCCCAAGUUGAAUAAAUUAGCAAUCGGGCCAUCACCAUCACUCAAAGUCCUUUCCAUUGAUGGUAUGGACAGUGUAAAGAAUAUAAGUAAUGAGUUUUAUGGAGAAGAUUGCUCACAACCUUUUAGAUCCUUGGAGACUUUAAGUUUCAAGAAUAUGAAGGAAUGGGAGAACUGGAGGUCUAAUAGAGAGUUCACACAGCUGUGUAAACUUUAUAUUGAAAAUUGUCCUAAGCUAUUAGGAGAAUUACCAAACCACCUUCCUUCGCUAAAGGAUGUUGAGAUACAACAAUGUGAAGGGUUGCAGGCAAGCUUCCACUUGGACAACUUGAGGUACAGAGGAAAUGAGCGUCCGAAACGGUUGGUUUGCAGAAAUGAGGCUGAUUUCAGUUUACAUAUGUCUAAUUGUCUUUCAAGGAUUUCAGAAUUCACAUUUCCAACAGAACGAUUAAUUUUUUAUGCGGAAGUUGUAUCUUUUGAAUCUUCUAAGGAGAUGACGCAUUUGUCCUCAAAUGUGUUGGAAUUACUACGACGUCUCCCCUCUCUUCGUGUUAUAAGGUUUGAGGACUGUCCAAAACUAGUUUCUUUGGGAACAGAAGAAGUAAAAGAGCAGCCACACGUGUUGCCAUUUCCUUCCACGCUGAGAGAAAUUCAUAUCAGUAAUUGCAAUGCCUUGGAAUCUUUACCCAAUGCAGUGAUGUACAACAACACGUGUCUUGAGAAGAUUACGAUUGCUGAUUGUGAUUCGCUGAAGCACUUUGAAAUAGAUGGGUGUCAAAAACUAGUUUUUUUAGUAGCAGAAGAAGUAAAAGAGCAGCCACACGUGUUGGCAUUCCCUUCCACGCUGAGAGAAAUUAAAAUCCGUAAUUGCAAUGCCUUGGAAUCUUUACCCAAUGCAGCGAUGUACAACAACACGUGUCUUGAGAAGAUUAAGAUUUUUCGAUGUGAUUCGCUGAAGCGCUUUGCAAUAGGCCAGCUACCUCAAACUCUAAAGCGACUAGAGAUAAGCUUUUGUGAUAAUAUGGUGAUUUUGCUAGGCGAUGAUGAUACCAACAGUCGCAGUAGCAGCACAUCUCUUCUUGAGUACUUGGACAUUAAAUAUUGCCCAUCUCUUAAAUCUUUGGGUAUCCCAAUGGGAGAAUUACCUGCAACACUGAAAGUCUUCACCAUUGAGGGUUGUGAAAAGCUGGAGUCAAUAGCAGAGAGCUUCCAUCCGAACUCGUCUCUUGAAGAAAUUGUUAUUAACCAUUGUAAAAGCCUUAAAUCCUUACCCAUGGGCAUACACACUCUCAGCCAUUUAGAGAAGGUUGAAAUUAGUGGUUGUCCAUCUCUUGUCUCCUUCCCGGACAGAGGGUCGCUCCCAGGCAACAUUAAAAAGUUACAGAUUUUUGAAUUGGGCCUACACGACAGCAUACUCAGCAUCACCUCGCUUCAACAUUUGACAAUCUGGAAUUCCAACAACAUUGAGGCCUUUAUAGAUUGGGGGUUGCACAGGCUUACCUCUCUUAAGUCUCUUACAAUUGCUGUAUGUCCGAAUCUGGUGUCAUUUCCAGAGAAGAUGCUGCCUGCGUCUCUUACUAGACUCGACAUCUUAUACUUCCACGAUCUGAAAUUGCUGUCUUCCAAAGGCUUUCGAAACCUCGCCUCUCUUAAAAUGUUGUAUAUCAAAGAGUGUGAAAAUCUCACAUCCUUUCCAGAGGAUGAUCGCUUGCCUCCAUCGCUUGAGAUACUCCUGAUCAGAGAUUGUCCUCGGCUGAAAGAAAGCUGCAAGAAAGAUAAUGAACGAGAGUGGUCCAAGAUAGCCCACAUCCCUUGCGUUAAGAUUGAUGGCAGAUUCAUCUUUGACUCAGAAGGGUUGGAAUCCAAUUUUGACAAUGAGGAAUUCAUUUAUGGGCGUUAGGGCUCAGAAGAGUAGGAAUCAAAGUAUUAAGAAUGAACAGCAUUGGGGUUUAAAUACAUAGCAUUGGGGUUCAACAGAGCCGUGGGUGGUGGGUCCACUGUGCAAUUCAUCUCCACGAGCCACACAUCACGCUGUUCUGUUAUGGGCCUAAAGGAAGCCAUGAGGCAUGAUCUACUUUAUUUAUUUUAUUUCUUUGCAUGUGUUUGGGCGUAAUGGUUAUAUUUGACUAAGAAACAAUCUCGAUGUAUUGGAACUUGGGUUUGUAUUGUUGUUAAUUUUCCUAUUUGGGAAUUUUGUACUUAUCAUUGGUAUUGCAUAGAUAUAAGAGGAUCUUUUGUUAGUGCU